AUGGCUGUUCCCACUAAGGGAAUGCCCACCACCCUGUUUCCUAGCACAGCAAGCCCCAGCACGGGUGGUCCAACCACUACUGGUCCCAGCACCACAGGGCCAACUACCUUGUCGCCCACCACCAAUAGCCCCAGCACCUUGGCUCCCACCAUUCCCAUUGGCGAGCCCAGUGCGGCGCCCACCAUGCUGUCCCCAACAACCCUUGGUCCGACAACCGUGAGUCCGAGCACCACGGUUCCCUCCACUCAGAGCCCAAGCACCGGCAGUCCCUCCACCGAGAGUCCGAGCACUGGAAUUCUAACUACCUCGUCACGGAGCACCAGGGUCCCAACAACGGUUGACCCCAGCACUGGAGCCCCUACAAGGGAUGCCCCGAGCUCCACAGGUCCAACAACCAAUAGUCCCAGCACAUUGAGCCCGAGCACCAUGGGUCCAACAACCCAUAGCCCCAGCAUGUUGAGCCGGAGCACCACAGGGCCAACUACCUUGUCACCCACCACAGCGAGCCCAAGCACUGUGGGCCCCACUACACUUUCCCCCAGCAAGGCUGUUCCCAGUUCGGGAUGCCCACAACCCUGUUGCCAAGCAGAGCAAGCCCCAGCAGGGGCAACCAAACCACGACUGGUCCCAGCACCACAUGGCCAACUACCUUGUAGCCCACCACAGUGAGCCCCACCAGUGCCAGCCCAAGCAAUUCAAAC